GCGCAGCAUCACCAAUAUAUGAAUUUCGUCUUCAGCAUUCCAAACUCGGAGAAGAAACACAGUGGUGUCUGGUCGCUCAGAGCGGUUGUACAUCUCCCAACCUCAAAACCCGCGACGGGCCAUGGCCUCCUUCAACACCAUAACCCACCAGAGAUUCCUCUCCCUAACCAAACCCAAAUCCAAACCCACCUCUCCCAACCCGAAAUCCGUACCCAUCGUAAACUUCCACGGCUCCAAGCCAUCACAACACUCAGUCUUCUCGAGAAACAAACGGAAAGAUAGCUGGGCGUUGAAUUCCGUUGUGGAAGAAGAGUGCGAUGUUAUCCCCGUACAGAGCUCGGAUUCUACGGACCAGCAGGAAGGUGUGGUGGUGAGCCGGGUUGAAGGUGGAGGUGUGGAGGACGGCGAGUUGGUGAGUCAGGUGGGUGGGUUUGGAACGAGCGAAGGGAUGUUUUUGUUUGAAGGAGCAUUCGGGUCCGGGUCUGGGUCGGGUGUAGGAGACGAGAGGAGUGAGAAUGAGGAUAUGGUACGGCUUGUAGAUAGGAUGAUCAAUGCAACUAUUGUGCUUGCGGCGGGUACUUUUGCGGUCUCGAAGUUGCUCACCAUCGAUCGAGAUUACUGGCAUGGAUGGACCCUUUUUGAGAUACUAAGAUAUGCACCUCAGCACAACUGGAGUGCUUAUGAGGAAGCUCUUAAAACAAACCCAGUUUUAGCCAAAAUGGCAAUUAGUGGGGUGGUAUACUCUCUAGGGGAUUGGAUUGCACAGUGCUUUGAAGGAAAACCUCUCUUCGAGUUUGACCGUACAAGAAUGAUAAGAUCAGGUCUUGUUGGUUUUACCUUGCAUGGUUCCCUUUCUCACUACUAUUACCAGUUCUGCGAGGAGCUUGUUCCUUCCCAAGACUGGCGGGUCAUACCUGCCAAAGUAAUCUUUGACCAGACCGUGUGGGCGGCAGUUUGGAACAGCAUUUAUUAUACGGUUUUGGGAUUUUUGCGUCUUGAAUCCCCAGCCAGUAUUUUUAGUGCAUUGAAGGCGACCUUCUGGCCCAUGUUGACUGCAGGGUGGAAGCUUUGGCCUUUUGCUCAUCUUAUAACAUAUGGUGUGGUCCCAGUAGAACAAAGGGUUCUGUGGGUGGACUGUGUUGAUUUAAUUUGGGUGACUAUACUAUCAACUUUUUCCUUGCAUAUCCAAGAACACUUUUUCAUAUUCCCUGCAUCUUGCUUUGGCAAUCAUUUUUCCUGUCUUGGGCUUGGAUUGAUCUCUGACAAUUGGUCAACAUAUAUGUUUGCUAGUUAUUCAAAUGAGAAAUCAGAAGCAAGAAUUUCUGAGGCACCUGUGGAAGCAAUUUCCAGCUCCUCGAGCACAGGUCCCAAUGUGGAUUAAAAAGAAAUAGAUUCAAAACAGUUCCAAGAGAGGUAUACAGAAGAGGAGUUGCUUAAUUGGAAAGUUGAAGUGAGAUCUACUUCACCAGGGCCGUCAAUGGAAGAGAACACAUGACGAAGAGAACACAUGGUGAUCGGGAAUGCGGCUCCAUGGGCCACAGGAAGGUCUAUAGUAUACACUGCACAUACCUUGGAGACAUGCAUGUCUACUUCAGAUCACACAUCUUCUGCAUAUGCAUGUAUUGAGUAUAGAUGUUAAGAUAGUGUAACAAUUUAAGUGUAAAAAUGCAUGGCAUUCUGUUCCUGCAGAGGACCUUUAUAGGAAUAUAUUUUUCUGCUAUUUAUAAAAAUAACUGAUUUGGUGUUUUCAA